UCUAGUACGCUGAAUCCUCACGCGCGUGCGGUCAUAACUUUGGGCAGCGCGCGCUCAGUAUCGGCUGCGCGCGAGCGGUGGAGUAUCAGGGUUAUGAAUGUGGAUCUAUCCGCCCUGUUCUGUUCGGGCAUCGUUUGGUCCCACACCGAGGACGUGAUAUUAACGGCAGAAAAGUGCGAUACAGCCGUGACAGCAUGCGUGCUCUUUUCGGUCUGUUGAAUCCCCUGCUUGUCCUUAUUCUCUCCGGACUAUAUCCAUCAAUGACGAUUGGUCCAAAGGAGGGAUGGCAGGUGUACAGUUCGGCACAGGAUGCUGACGGACGCUGUAUCUGCACUGUGGUCGCACCGGAACAAAACCUGUGCUCCAGGGACGCCAAGAGCAGACAGCUUCGACAGCUGCUGGAGAAGGUGCAGAACAUGUCGCAGUCCAUUGAAGUUCUGAACCUGCGGACACAGCGAGAUUUCCAGUACGUCAUGAAAAUGGAAAAUCAAAUGAAAGGGUUGCGGACCAAGUUCCGGCAAAUCGAAGAGGACAGGAAAACCGCAAUGGCUAGAAACUUUAAGGAGCUUAAGGACCGCAUGGAUGAACUCCAACCAUUGAUUCCAGUGCUCGAGCAGUACAAAACAGAUGCUAAAAUAAUCUCUCAGUUCAAAGAGGAAAUCAGGAAUCUGUCUGUGGUGCUCACAGGCAUCCAGGAGGAGCUGGGUGCUUACGACUAUGAGCAGCUCUAUCAGAGAGUCAUCAGUCUGGACAGCCGUCUGCGAAACUGCAUGAGCAAACUCACAUGUGGAAAAUUAAUGAAAAUCACUGGCCCUGUAACUAUAAAGACAUCUGGCACGCGGUUCGGCGCAUGGAUGACCGACCCACUCGCUUCAUCACGAAACAACAGGAUUUGGUACAUGGACACCUACACUAACAGCAAGGUGGUCAGGGAGUACAAGAACAUCGAUGACUUUGUCUCUGGAUUGGAGUCGAGAACCUAUUACCUCCCGUUCAAGUGGGCUGGAACCAACCAUGUGGUGUACAACGGCUCUUUGUAUUACAACAAGGAACAAAGCAACAUCAUCGUGAAAUACAGCUUCGAGACCGGAAGGGUUCUCGCACAACGCGCCCUGGAAUAUGCCGGAUUCCACAACGUCUAUCCGUACACCUGGGGCGGCUUCUCGGACAUCGACCUGAUGGCCGACGAGCUGGGUUUGUGGGCCGUGUACGCCACCAAUCAGAACGCAGGGAAUAUUGUCAUUUCUCAGCUGGAGCCUCAGACGCUCGAGGUUCUCCAGACUUGGAACACGGAGUACUCCAAGCGGAACGCGGGCGAGUCUUUUAUGAUCUGUGGAACCCUCUACAUCACCAACUCCCACCUGACCGGAGCGAAGGUGUAUUAUUCGUACAACACAAAGACGUCCACGUACGAGUACAUAGACAUCCCGUUUCACAACCAGUACUUCCACAUCUCCAUGCUCGAUUACAACGCACGAGAGAGAGCGGUGUACGCUUGGAACAAUGGACACCAGGUCAUAUUUAACGUCACGCUUUUUCACGUCAUCAAAACCGAAGACGAUUCCUAAUGGACAUGAUAUGAAAGGACGAGGACUUUUUGUCCUAAUUAAUGCUGUUAUUUUCUACUCAUCCAUGGAUCUUUUUCCAAAGCAAUUAGUUUACCAUAACUGUGCCACACACUGAGCUUUGUCUGGCUCUGAUGACAUGCAAACUUGAUGAUGACAUCACAAGCCGAUUAUGAAGUGUUUUUAUUCGUCUUUCAGUAGCUGCUUUGACUAGGCCUUAAUCGCAAUAUUUCUCUACGUGAGCCACAGACUGACUGCUCUACUGCAUGAAUAUCUGAUUUUUCGGUCAUUUGUUAUCGACUUACGGUGUACAUCCCUUUAGUGACGUAAAGAUUUGAAUUUCCCCUGUCCGGUAGUGUUGUGUCGAGUUGUACAAACCGUAGAGAUCUGAGUAUGAACUUGUGUAAACAACUGUAACCUUCGUUGUCACUGUAAGAGGAAAUAUUUUAUAUUAAACCUAGAACAAAACCACGAAUGAAUAAAUCGACGAAUGAAGCUGUAAAUCUACAUCCAGCGUUACCAACGCCGGAGAAAUGCCGCGUGAUGCGGGGGAAUUUCAGACCCGAAUCACGGAGGUUAUAAUGAGGUCUGAUGAUUUGUCACUGAUGAUUGUGACAAACUCGACCGCAGUCGCGUUCUCAUUCAUUUACGGGUUGCCCUUGAUGACUCUGAAUGCUGUCCUCUGGCACUUUCAAUCAAGAUCAAGGGCACGACAGCGGGGGCAGGCACGAUUCCAACUCCUCUGCAAUUUCCUCUCCCUUCAUGUCUGUGUCGGUCUCCCUGUCUACGGAAUUGAAAUGCACAUUUACCGCCAUUAAUUCAGCAUUGGGUAUGGAUCACCCAUAGGGAUUUACUAUUGCUGUUUGCUCCCUUCGUGUCUGGUUUGAAUAUUUGUCAUGCAACAUGGACAUCUUGCUUUCAGAAUUUUUUUGUUUAUUCGUGUGCGUGCGUGAUUUGUUUUUCAAUUCUAUUAAAAGUCAGUUCAGUAAAAAUGACAUUUCCGUCAUCGUAUAUUCAACCUCAUGCCUUGCGCAACCCGUACGUCUUUCUUCUGUGCAACACGAAAUGAGUUAUAUAUAGCAGCAUGCGAAAGCUGUUCUUUUUCGUACGAUAAAAUUGAAUGAUGACCAGAGCUGUCAAGCAAGAUUUUUAAUAAAUAAUGACCUAAAUUUCAGUAUGCUUCUUGAAAGAUAAUGAAAUAUAGUGCUUUUUGUCCAGCUUCUUUAAUGUUUCAUAGGGAGAAGAAAGUCAUAUGGGUUUGGACUGACAUACAGGCGAGUACAUCGUGAGAGAAUUUUCAUUUCAGUUUCCGUUUACUUUCUAUUUACGUUCUGUGGAUAUUUCCACAUUUUUAUUGCCCUCAAUAUUUAAGCCCAAAAAAUGGAAUAAUUUACCCCGUGUGAGAAAACCACUGAACUUUCUGUUGGUCUAGCUUCCUUCAUUUUCUAAAUGUAUUUAUUUUUGUGCACCAGAGGCACAAUAUUAAUAUGAAUAUACAUGUAUCUUCAUAAGUUUUGCUUUAUCAGAUAAUUAAUCCAGUAUAGACCUUACAUAAUGAAGCGUUAUGUUUUUAUUACCUUAGAAUGAGCUAUUUCUAUCUACAUACACCACGGGUCCCUAACAUGGAAAUGUUGUUUCUACAGUAGCCCUAAACAGACAAACUGCUCUACAGAGCGCAUUUCGUAAAUACGUUAUCUCUUUCGGCAAAGAAGCGAAAACGUGACGACAUCUUAGUUCAGUGUCAGCCACCGUGUUGCUUCGAAGGGGAGCCGUUGGUUGCAAUUUGUAACCUUACUGCUAGAUGCCGCAUAAUGUCAUAUACUGGACCUUUAAGACAGCGAGGUACAUUAUUGUGCUCUUAUUUUCUACAUCAACAUCUUGAUUUAAAUUUAAGAUAGUCAGGUUUUAUAAUAAUGUUUCUCCACGCUCGGCAGACCUGAUAUUUAUAGACCCAUUUUUACUUGUUCAGUACAAAAGGGGAGGACACAAAAUCCUUUUGCAUCAAUCACAUAAAACAUGAGCACAGAACAACCUACUUUAUAGUAAAUCUAUUUUUUCAGAAUAUUAGUUGGAACAACAAUUCACUAAUGAUUUGUGCAACAGAAAGAUUAUUCUGAUCUCACAAAAGUAAUUUAGUACAACAGUUUCAGUCUUAAUAAAUCAAAAGCACAACAUUCCCAGAAUUUCCUUUGUAUGAAACGCAAUCACAGUAGGCCUACCUUAUUCUCCAUCUGUGUCAUUUGGCAGAACUGUCUCGCCACUGCCAGUCUAAAAGUUAAAAG